AAUCAUCAUCAUCAACAUUUCUCUCCCUUAAACCUACACUCACUUUAGUUACCAACGAGUAAGAAUCAACGUUAACCAAGAAAAUUAAACUAACGAAUCUGAAUAUUAACUUUCUUUUUUUUCUUCUUCUUCUUCUUUAAUCAUAAUUAACCAUCAUCAUAAUUAGUUAGUUUCAUGUGAUCAACAGAGAAAAAACAAAUUAAUUAACUUAAUCAACUUGUUUAUUUUGUUUAACUUGCAACUUGGUUUAAAACUAUUAACAUGAUAAUCAGUGAACUUAAUCAACAUCACUUACGAAAUUAAAAGUUACCAUUUCUCAUUUGGAUAUUUAUUAUUAUCGGAUAGUUAAAGUUAUCGAAACGGAAAAGUGACCCCAGGAAUUUUUAUCCAUCAAAUUUUCGAAUAUUUUUCUCACCAAGUUUUUGGAAAAAGAUCAAAGUAUAUAAAAUGGACGGACCAUCGACAUCAACUUCGUCCGGAGGCCGAUUCUUUUUCGGUGUUUUAUUCACAAUCUCUGAACUUUUACUCUUUGGUUCGGUUUCUCUUUUCGUCUAUUGGGUAAUGUGGCAUGACACUGGAUUCGCAUGGUCCAAAAAUCGAAAUGAACAGUUUAAUUUACACGCAAUUCUAAUGAUAAUCGGAUUUGUUUUCCUCAACGGACAAGCCAUGUUGGUUUAUAAAUUACUCCAUCGAUGCCGUAAGAUUUACGUCAAGAUUAUCCAUUGUAUCAUCUUUGUCUGCUCAAUAUCGGCCAUUACGAUUGGCAUGGUCGCCGCGAUUCAGGCUCAACACAAUAUGCCCCCGGGCUCAUCGAUUAGACAUUUCUACUCACUCCAUUCGUGGGUCGGUUUGGUUGCUAUUGGGCUAUUUGCAUUACAGUUUGUUGCUGGAUUUGUAUCAUUCCUGAUUCUACUUUGCUGUGAUAAAGCAACUGCCAAUUUCCGAGCUCGACUCUUACCAACUCAUGUAACUUUUGGCUUAAUUAUUUACAGUUUAUCAGUAAUUGCUUCAAUUUCUGGUUUACUUCAAGUAGCAAGAUCAAGAUUAAGUGGUAAAGAGGGUAAACCCAAUUACAAGGAGUUCGAGGAGCCAACAAUUGUAAUUAACGCUGUUGGAUGUUGUAUGAUUGGAUUAGCGAUUAUCCUUCCAUACAUAAUCCGUAAUUGUGGACAACGGUCAAGACACAGCCCUGGUUUCCAUAUAUCACAUUAAUUUUCAAUCUGAAAGCUUAACCAUUGAAACUUUUUGAUGAAAAGUAAAAACAAAAAGGCCAUCAUCAGGAUAAUCACUUUCAUCUCCAUCCAUCAUCAUAAUUAAUUAAUCAUCUUCAUCAUCACUUGAUUCUCAUUGGUAAUUUUUAUAUUUGACGAUUUGACGAAAAACAACAAUUAACUGUUGGAAUUAAAGGAAAAAAAAAUGUUUCAAACAAUCAAAGACAAUCAAUUGAUUUAAUUUUUCAUCUUCUUCGCUGCUUCAUCAAAACCACCAAAAUUAAUAAAUUGUUUCCAAAUUGUUACAAUCUCAUUGCUCCCAAAUUUUCAUACUGAUUCAUCUUGUUUUUUUAAUUUCUUGUUUCAACUUUAACUGAUUAUUAUUAUUAUUAUUAUCUAAUUAAUUUUCUUGCUAAUUAAAUUGAUCACUUGAUGAUUAAAUUAUGUAUACAAAUAA